UUCCAAGUCGCAUAAUAUUUUGGACCACAAAAUCAUAUAGCGCGAACGUGCCUUCAAGUUUCAGCGUCAAACCUGGAAACCCAGAAGGAAAGCGAAGCGCGAAAUCGGAGCUCCGGCGAAAAAGUUGCUGUCUUUGACGAUACCCAAUAAACGCUGCCGCCCGACGAUGUUUUACAGAGGGUAUGGCGAUGGUUCAGAUAUGCGUGAAAUGGGUGCAAAGCGGCAGCGGGUUGUUGACCAGGGUCCUUCAUUCUUUGGGGCUACCCCAGCUGGGACGAGCUUUAUGUACAACCAACCUAUGUAUGCUUAUGCUGGCCAACCUCCACCUUUCCCUGUUGUGCGACUCCGUGGUCUGCCGUUUGAUUGCACGGACACUGAUGUGGCCGAGUUCUUCCGAGGUCUAGACAUAGUAGAUAUCCUCUUCGUCCACAAGGGCGGCAAUAAGUUCAGUGGCGAGGCGUUCUGUGUGCUUGGUUACCCUCUUCAGGUCGAUUUCGCUCUCCAAAAGAACAGGCAGAACAUGGGGAGGAGAUACGUCGAGGUGUUUAGAAGCACGAGACAGGACUACUACAAGGCAAUAGCAGGUGAAGUAUCAGAAUAUCGAGAUGUUAGUUCACCAAGGCGGAGCUAUGCACGAGCGAGAUCAUACGACGAGGGGAAGGAAUCAGCGGAGCACACAGGGAUGUUGCGGCUGAGGGGUCUGCCGUUCUCAGCAGGGAAGGAAGACAUUAUGGAGUUCUUCAAAGACUAUGGAUCAUUGUCAGAGGGAUCCAUCUACAUACUAACAAAUUCAGAAGGGAGACCCAACGGGGAGGCGUUUGUGGAGUUCGAGAGUGCAGGGGAUUCAAAGGCGGCCAUGGAGAAGGAUAGGAUGACGCUGGGGAAUCGAUACAUUGAGCUGUUUCCUUCGUCGGUGGUAGAGUUGAAAGAAGCUAUGUCCAGAGGAAGAACUGUUACUUUCUAGGGCAGCCAUGGCCUCGGUUAUGUCCACCCACACAACAUAUCAGGAAUCAGGAUGCAGAGCGUUCUUUGAGAAUGGUAUUGGGAUUUUUACCUGAAUUCUACAUUGGCUAGGCUAUCACUGGUUAAAGGCGUGGACAAUUAUUCUACAUCUCGACUAUUCUGCUCUAUCAUGUCCUGCUUCUUUCAUGCUGAUAUUCCAAGGCUCGAGUACGAAAGUGCUGGAUCUGGCUAGUUGCUGACACUGGACAAUUGGAGACCUCAAUAACCUACCUCGAACACAUUCGUAUGACUUUUAGUUUCUGAUAUGAAAUCACUACAACUUCUGUGUCUGCUUGAUCAGUUGGGAC